AUACAAACCUGAAUCAAGAUUCAUCAAUAUAGAAGCUUUGGCUGAAGAUACAGAUUUUCAAGAACUUCAAAGAGAGUUCUCUGAAUUCCAGAGAAAACAUGAUGCUGAUUUUGCAAAUUUGGAGGAGAGGUUGUCAUCCAUGGAGAAUGCUCUAAGGACAGCCAUAAGGAAUGCUCUGAGGGAUGGGUUGGCCAUGAUACAAGCAAUCAAUGGCGGAUGGAACCCACUGGCACUGGAAGUCGGCCAAACAUCCCAAACCCAAAUUCAUACAACUCGGCCAGAUUCACGAUCAAGAUUGCAAUAUAAGGGAUUAUGGAUUAUGGUUGUUAACUUGCCUGAAAUGAUUAAAGAUGCUAUAUCUGCGUUGGAAGUCAAGUUGUUUGAUGCUGAUGAUUGUGUGGGAUUGAACAAUUGUGUGGUGUGGGAUUACAAGAAGUGCAAGAAGAUGCUGCAGGUUGUGGAAUGCUUCCUAGUAAUUUCAAGAAAGAUUCAAUGGAAUUUCAGAAAAUGUAAGAAGAAAUUGGAGUUUUUUGUGGCACCUGUCCUUGACUGAGGACAUCUUCAAGGGCAUAGGAGUACAUCUGUGGUUUUAGUAUUGCAAAUGUUUCAAAGACAAGCUAUUGAAAGAGGGAGAACAUGUGUAUUCAAAGCUGCAAUUGAAGUUGAAGUCACAAUUCCUUGAGCAGUAUUUUCAUCUCAAUUUAGUUCCUGGGAAAUUUUCAAAGUUCUUUUCCAUGUGUCUGGCUUGAGAAGGAUUGAGUUGCUGAAUUUCUCAAUGAUGAUGCCACUUGUUGCUGGAGUUUGCUCUUCAUUCAAGAAGCUAAGUUCAGCUUGUGUGAAUGAAGAUGUGUCUGGUUGUUAUGCACAGUGGUUAUUGCCAUUUCCCUCUCUCUUGGUUAGAUACUAAUGCAGGGGAAAGGAGAUGCAUUCAUGAAAUGCUUCACAUGGUUGCUGGAAUUUUAGUGAUGUGCUGUCUGAUAGAAGAAAUAUGGAUGUUUCUUGUUUGGGGCAGAGUUGUACAUGUUGUACAUGGAUACAUAAACUGAUAUAAGUUCUGAAUUUCAGCCUCUCAACCUUGAGGAUGAGGUUGUCAAAAGGAGAGUGCAUUGAUGCAUGCCCAUUUUAGCUAUGCUGUGAUAAGGUUGUUCCUAGGCUAAUAGAGGUUGUAUGCAUGUAAAGUGGCUAUAAAAGGCCUAGUCGAUGUAACUGAAAGGAGUUUUUUUGAUGAAUGAUGAAAAUGGUUCUUCCUCUCCCUCUUGACUUCUUUCUUCUUCUCUAUCGUCUUCUUCCUUCCUCCUGCUUCUCUUCUAAAUUCAUUCCCAAAUCCCUAAUUCUUCCUUUCUAAUCUCCAUUUCUGGUUUGGUUGCUAUCAAAGCCAUUGCACUUUGAACUUACAGGCUUGUUCACCUAAUUAAGGGUCUGUUUGCUU